GCACACUCUCGCUUCCAAACUUCAGCAGUGAUCUGACAUCAAAUGGCAGAACUGCAACGCUAUGAGUCCAAUUCCCCCGUGUUCCGCUGCUCUUUCUUUGCGUGUUUUGGACGGAGAGCAACGUCGGAUUCUCUAUCGAUUGUUGAAAUUUAUGCACAUAUGGACUGUGAAGGAUGUCAGAGAAGGAUCAGGAAAGCGAUCUCCAAAUUGGAUGGAGUCGACAGUUUGGUUAUCGAUAUGGACAAGCAAAAGGUGACGGUGACGGGGUACGUGGACCGGCGAAGGGUUCUCAGGGCAGUCAGAAGAACCGGCAGACAGGCGGAGUUCUGGCCGUAUCCAUAUGAUAGCGAGUACCAUCCUUACAUGUCUCAGUAUUACGAAGAUAAUUCAUUCGCUUCCACAUACAACUACUACAGGCACGGAUAUAACUCCAGUGAUCAGGGCUAUUUCCCCCAACUAAUCUAUUCCACCCUUGAUGACAACACUGUUGCCCUCUUCAGUGACGACAAUGUAAACGCCUGCUCUGUCAUGUGAAUCUCCUCCAUAUAUACC